CGCGAGCCUCGGACGCCGCGGGCGGCGCCCAGGUGAGCGGCGCGUGGGCGACCCCUUCUUCCCGUCCCCCUCCUCGCCUCCUUUCGGCAUCCGUUUCCCCUCUCCGGAGCCCAGGCCGCGGCGGGAACUCGGGAUAGAUUUUUACCAUCAUGGAUCGGUUUGGAGAUAUAUCAGAAGGUGAAGUGGACCAUUCUUUCUUUGACAGUGACUUUGAAGAAGCAGAGAAGUGUGAAAGUAGCUUAGUUUUUGAUAAGCAAAAUGAUGACCCUAAAGAGAGAAUAGAUGAAGAUGCAGAAAACUUGAAAUUUGGAAUACAAAGAAAUUAUCUUACUGAGAAAGGAAAUGAAAGAAAAGAGAAAAUUCCUUUGGAAGAACACUCUAAUAAUGAUAAUAUACAAAUCAGAAAUUCUUUAUCACUGGCCACUUCUUCAAGAUCAAAAACACUGUGUGAUGCUGCAGUAGGACAUAAAAUACACUUGCCUGUUCCAAAUAGAAUUCCCAAAAUUGCGAAAGAAGGUGAAGAUGAUUACUAUACAGAUGGAGAGGAGAGCAGUGACGAUGGAAGAAAACAUCAUGUCAGGUCCAAAUCAGCUAAAACAACUAAUAACUUUAAAAAAGGCGCAAGUAAAACGCAUUCCAGAAGUAGUUCGUCUUCCUCCUCUUCCUCGUUGUCCUCCUCGUCUUCAAGUUCAGGUACAGAUUGUUCGGAUGCAGGGUCUGGUAGCUGCACAUCUGAUUCAUCUCCCUCAUUAAAGCAACGUCUAUCUGGUGUAACCCGCUUGUCACCAAAACAGAAGUAUAAACCAGGAAGAAAAUCAACAGGAACACAACCUUCAAGUCGUAACCCAAAAGUCGGGGAAUACCCUGAGGAAUCUGAAGAUACUGUCACAGAUGUAACUCCUCUGUCGACUCCAGACAUCAGCCCUGUUCAGUCUUUUGAACUGGGUGCGUCAAACGAUCAGAAAGUAAAAGUUAAAAGGCAAGAAAACGUGAGUCAAGAAGUAUAUGAAAAUGUUGAGGACUUAAAAAAUAAUUCAAAAUCUUUGAAAUCGGCCAAAAAAGGGAAGGAAAAACAUGAGGCCAGUCUCACCUCCAAGUCUUCAGUGUUAGAGUCCAGUGUAGACCACAGAUAUAAAGAAAAAGUCUUACAUGACACAAUGGACCUGAAUCAUCUUUUGAAAGCUUUUCUGCAAUUAGAUAAAAAAGGACCACAAAAACAUCACUUUGAUCAGCCUUCAGUAGCACCUAGGAAGAACUACUCAUUCACAAGAGAGGAGGUGAGACAGAUUGAUCGGGAAAAUCAGAGGCUUUUGAAAGAACUCUCGAGGCAGGCUGAAAAACCAGGAAGCAAAAGUAUGAUUCCUAGAAGAUCGAUUGGUCAUCCCCCUAAGUUAUAUCAUAGUGCUGUCAACAGACAGAGGGAACAACAAAGGAUUGAAAGAGAAAAUUUGGCUUUAUUGAAAAGGCUUGAGGCUGUGAAGCCAACAGUGGGGAUGAAACGCUCGGAACAGCUGAUGGACUAUCAUCGCAACAUGGGUUAUCUCAGCUCAUCACCAUCCUCAAGACGAGUGCCAUCGACCCUCGGCCAGUAUAGCCCACUAAGAGGAGCUUCCAGGACAUCCAGUGCCACCAGUGGGCUCAGUUGUAAGAGUGAGCGACCAGUUUUUGACACAUCCAGUGGCCUGUUGCUAAGACCUAAGCCCCCUAAUGUCCGUACAGCUUGGUUAUAAAAACUCUUUACCUUAAACAUUGUUCAUCCAAUUCUUACUGAAGUGCUCUUGUAUAUUACUAUAAUUCUCUGUGUAAACAUCUGUAUACUGUUUUAAGCAAUUGAAGGUGUACAACAGCAACUUGUAAUUUAUUAUAAUUCAAUGCAAAAUUGUUUUCAAAAAGACAAUUUAAUGUAAAAUCAGUGUUUCCUAUGAGGAUGUAUUUAUAUGAGAUGUAUGUGUAUUUAAUAGAGAAAUGGUAGUAUGCAUAUGUUUUCUCUAUGUAGAAAUAGAUUCAGCUGUCCCACUGACAGAACAGUUGUGAUGGUAUCACCGGACAUUGGACCCAGGAUGUAAACUAGUUGUCAUUUGAUUUUUUUUUUCAUUUCUUGUAAGAGUUAAACCAUGAGCAUAGCUCCCAAAUUUGACUUGGUUUUAUCUUUGCUUUAGAACUCAGGUGGUGUGACUCAUAACUUGAUGUAAGACAGUCACACUUUCUUAUGAAACGUCUUGAAAUUUAUUUUUAUUGGUGGAGCUGAUUUAGAUCUGGUGAGCAGAUUGAGCGAAACUCGUACGGGGGCAGUCCUUGUGAUGCACCAGAGGUAUCCACUACCUCUGUAGAAGUGCGCUGAGGUACAUCUUAAAAACUUGAUCAGUCAUUCCAAAUGAUUGCAAACUAAACAUUAGAAAGUUCAGCUCAGAAGCUCCUCGUUCGUGUUUGUAACACGUUCAGGCGAAGUGCCAUUAAUGACUUGGAGAAAUGAGGUCGGCUUUAGAGCUCCGGUCUGCUGCAUUGUCAGGAGUUUGUCCAAGGACCAGAUCAUCAUAAGCCAAAAGCUAGUAUUUGUUGAAUCAGCAAAAUAGCACCACCAGUUUGAAGAGCUAAGAAGCAGAUCUUGAAUUGUGUCAGAACAGUGUUUUAAGUGUUGCUGUUAACAAGUUGGUAUAUUUACUAUUUACUGUAUUAAGAGAGACGAUAAAAAAGAAAUGCAUUGUCUCAUAGCUUUAGAAAUUCUAGCUAGUGUUUUAAGGGCUGAAAAAGAAAACUAAAAUAUGAAUGAUAAAGGAAAAAAAUCACCUAUUUGUUGAGGCUACUUUCAAUGUCAGCUCAUUUCUUGUUUUGUUUGGGUUUGGGCUUUCGGAUUGAAUCCUGGAAGUAUCAUUUUUGCUGGUCCUGCUUUUAAAGGCCUAGUAAACUUAAUGGAAUUAGCAAUGGCAAAUAGCAUGUAAUAUAGUUGACUUUGGAAAUUAGAAUAUUUUUCUGUCAAUCUAUAGGCUCUUAUUUCAUACAACAGAGUAUAUUUCAGUCCUGAUUGUGUCCGCUGUCCUAGUUCUCACUGUUGUUCAUUAAUGGCCUUUCAGUACACCCUUAGAAUGUAUUGGAAAGUUUCUAUAUUAAGCGCCAAACCUUUCCUUUUUUAACAUGAAUUAUUUAUUUGUAGCCACAAUAGGAAGAUUUGUUUUUUAUUUUGGGGGUUAAUUCAAGCUCUGUAACAUGUAUGCUGAACUUACUUUCUUAACACCUUUGGCAGAAAGCCAAACUGCAUUUUACUAUAAACACAAUUCACAAUUUCUUGGUCUUCAUUUGUAUCAAUAGGUUUUAUUUAGGAUAGGGCACGUUAAGCCAGGAACAGUGGGGUUAAAAAAUUCAUGUAAACACAACCUGAUGAUGAGAUUUUUAUGCUAUAGUGUUCAUUGUCAUUUGAUGCUCUGUUCUGGUGAAGAAGUUUUUGCAUCAUUUAAUGCUCUGCUUUAUAUUUAAACUUUAGCUACACUAAACCAAGGUUUUGUUUUGUUUUUUAACUUAUUGCACUUUUAGUGUUUGUAUAACAACCUAUCUUGAAGGAAAGAUAAAAUAAUGCUGAAUUUAAAACUCAGCAUUUGAACAUGUGCCCCAUGGUAAGUUAGCCAGUUUUUUAAAUUGAUUUUUAAGUUGUUAGGGAAAAAAUAUAUAUGAAACCUUUAAUGUUCAUAAUGGCAUUAGUUUCUGAGUGCAUUGUGUAUGGUCAUGGUCUUUGCUGCCGUAUAUCAGGAUACAACACAUAAUUCCAUAGAUAAAGCUGUACUUUGAUUUAGAUAGUGAUUUUGUGCCUUUAGAUUUUACUACUUUGACAGGGGAGGUUCAUCUAAGUGUUACUGAUAACAGGCUUUCAACUUGAAGUAAAAGUCAGGAAGAGAAACAAUAUUCAUCUUGUCAAGGCAGAAUUUACAAUUCCGUUGUCAUGAUUACUUCAUAUGAUAAAUAGAAGGAUAGGAGUUGGAAAGUGUGAUAAUCUCUGAUAUAAGUCAAGAUACUUUGAAGUUGUUAUGGUUUAAAGGGCAUUUUUAUGAAGGAAUCAUAAGGAUACUAUUUUCAUUUUCAAGAACCUAAAAAAGUGAAGAAUCAUCUAGCACUACUUUAUAUUUGGUUCACUUGUACCUAAUAUAUACACGUUGAAGAUUUAUGUCAGCAGUUAGAAAUUACACCAGUCCGAAGUCUAAAAUUAUUAGGCAAGAUUCUUAUUGAGAGUUAUUGUCUUAUCUGUCAAAUGUUAAUGUUACCUCCUUUUUAAUAAGAUUCUAUGAAAGAUUUUGAACUAUAAAAAUUAUUUCCUAAGGGAUAGCUAUAAUCUCAUGCUUCCCCUAUUGCUUGGAAGCUGCUUUCUUAGCUACUACUCCAAAUAAAAUGUUCUGGUUUGCUUAUAAAUAUAGUGUAAUGCAGUUUUCAACCCAUUAAUCCAAAUGUCCAAAAUGGAUAUCUAGGCAAACUCUAAAAAAAGGUCAUUGUGAUGGAUAUGACUGUGUGCUUCUCAUCUUCAGAUUCAAACACUGCACACUGUGAAACGUAUUAUGACCAAUAUAAAGUUGGAGACACAAGUUUAUUAUAUUUUAAUAAUUAAAUUCAUAAAAUGUUUAAUAUCUUAAAUGCCAAAGCCUUAAUCUACAAAUGAUUGUAUACCAUCCUAGAAAACGUGCUUAAUGCUAAUGGCUACUUUAUUUCCACGAAUAAAGAUUAGUAAGAAACUUAAAAA